CUGGAGGCAAAGGGGCCACAUAAUCAGGGGCGAGACAUGUUUUAUUUCUCAACAGAUAAUCGCCAUGAAUCGCACUGAAUUUGGAAUAUUGCCGCAAUUCGAAAGCUCAGCGGAGAUAUUUAAAGCGAUUUCGAGAAACAGCAAUUUUGAUCUGAUUGGGGAACGGCGACAUUUGGCUAAUUUUCCCUCGCUACACACAGGCGAUGUCAGCAGCAGCAGCAUCAGCAUCAGCAACAACAUCAACAGCAGCAGCAGCAACAACAACAUUAGCCACAGCAACAUGACAAUGUUGCUAUUGAACAGCACAAACAACGAGAGCAACUUUAUGCCCGCGGACAUGGAUCCGGUGCUGAUGGAUCAGUAUCUGCAUAACCGUGCCAUCGAGAGUCCCUGGUACCAUCUGCUAAUCGCCAUGUACAGCGUGCUGAUUGUGUUCGGAGCCAUGGGCAACAUAAUGGUGGUCAUUGCUGUGGUGCGUAAACCAAUCAUGCGCACCGCCCGCAACCUCUUCAUCCUCAAUCUGGCCAUCUCGGACCUGCUCUUGUGCCUAGUUACCAUGCCGUUAACACUAAUGGAAAUCCUUUCAAAAUUCUGGCCAUACGGCUCCUGCGCCGUCCUGUGCAAAACGAUUGCCACGCUGCAGGCGCUCAGCAUAUUCGUGUCAACCAUAUCCAUAACAGCCAUCGCCUUCGACAGAUAUCAGGUAAUUGUGUAUCCCACGCGGGACAGCCUGCAGUUUGUGGGAGCCGUCGCCAUUCUGGCAGGAAUUUGGAUACUCGCCCUGACACUAGCCUCGCCACUGUUCAUCUACAAGCAGCUGAUCAGCAUGGAUAUGCCGCCAGUGCUGCAAAGGCUGGGUGUGCCGCACAGGAUAUCGUACUGCAUCGAGGACUGGCCGCUGAGCGAUGGCCGUUUCUACUACUCGAUCUUUUCGCUGUGCGUACAGUAUCUGGUGCCCAUACUGAUCGUGUCGGUGGCCUACUUUGGCAUCUACAACAAGCUGAAGAGCCGGAUCACUGUGGUCACGGUGCAGAGCUCGUCGCAGCGGAAAGUGGAGCGGGGCAGACGCAUGAAGCGCACGAAUCGGCUGCUAAUUAGCAUUGCGAUCAUCUUUGGGGUCUCGUGGCUGCCACUGAACUUUUUCAAUUUGUAUGCGGACCUGCAGCAUCCAUCGGCCGUGACGCAGAGAAUGCUUGUGGCAUAUGCCAUUUGCCACAUGAUUGGCAUGAGCUCGGCCUGCUCGAAUCCGCUGCUGUAUGGAUGGCUCAACGAUAACUUCCGCAGCAACAUGCAGGCAGCGGCAGCGCGUCGACGUCGCAAACACGAGCUCCAGCUCCUGGGCAACAGCGUCCAACGUGGCGCCUCCGAUGGUGAUUGCCUCGGCGGUAUGAGCAUUGCGGCCACCGAAUUUAACACAAGACACACGGUUAAUGGAACGCGCAGCGCCGUCACGGAAUCUGUUGCCCUCACUGAGAACCCCAUGCCCUCAGAGAUGACCACGCUGGUGCCGCGUUAAAGCCAAUUACCCGAACCUAACCACACUCAACCUCUGUCUAAAACACCCCACCCGUCUCUAUCUCAGUGUUGUCCAUACACAUAUGGUUUAUAUCUCUCUCUCUCUCUCUGUAUGUAUAAUUAUGGAGAAGAUUACAAGAUUUUGCUGCCCACGCCGGGACUAAGUAAAUUUGCAUGCAACAAACCCAAAAAUUGCCAUUUAAUGCCAAAAGCAGCUGCAUGCGUUUGAGAUUUGUAUCAUUAUUUUCAUUUAUCAAGUCGAAAGUAAGCAAAAGUUCAUUCGAUGUGGUUUUUUGUAGAGUCCA